GAUAUACAAACAAGAUUCUGAUAGUCAAACCUCUUUCUUUUGAAUCCUGCACUUACUUGAUGAGACCCCAUUUUGAAUUACGUGUUCAAUAUGAAUGUUCUUACUUGAAUCUAGAUACAUUUUCACAAUUUCAUUUUCUAUUCUUCUAUUUGGAAUUCAUUGUGAAAAUUGGUUCUAAUGUGUCCUCACAAUGCUAUUUUUUUCCCCAUUAACAGCUCUACAGCAUUUUAAACAAAUGUAGAUACUUUUAUUUAAUUUAUAUUUUUACCCAUGUAAGAAAUGUUAAAUUAUGUUUGUUUAAUUUAUAUGAAUUUUUAAAGCAUAAAAGAUGGCAUAAUAUCCUAUGAUUGAUAUUAAAAUUAUAAAUACUUUUUGUAGUAGGUAGUGGAAACUUGUACUGACACAAGAUAAAUAUAGUCAUAAAAUUGUUUGAAACAUUUGCCCAAAUGUGUAUUAAUCUUUUGUUAUAUUGAUUUUUGUUUAUUACAAAGGACAGUAUGCUGGUUUUGAUAAGUUGGUGGAUUCUUUUUUAUAACAAAUAUACUGGCUCUCUCGCCAGAACUUCUUAGUGCAAACUUUUCACAAAGUAGAAAUAAGUGGUGUCAUUAUUUGGUGCUUAUUUUGUUGAAAGAGUGAGUAAUUUACUUUCCCGUUGAUGUAUGUUUAGUUUUGUGUUCUGAGCCACAAAUUGUCACAUUCAGGUGCACAUUUAUAUAAGAUAUUUAAACCCAUGUUUAGACAUUGUGUAUGUGCUGCCAUCUUAUGACUGCUAUGUCUUACUAUCGUGAUAAAUUGUAAUGGAACAUCAUGUCUUUGCUUGAUGUAAUAUAUGCCAUGUAACAGUCGGACUUUGAUAUAAUAUUCGUUGUUAAUUUUGUCUUGUACUAAGUCCAGUGAACAGUGUAAAUGAGGGAUUUUAUUCGCAUGAAUGCAAAAAUGUGGCACAUUAUUGAGUUUUAGCAGAUUUGUGAAGUUCUUCCUUUUAGAAGGAUAUGUUCUGAUUGACCUCACGACCCAUGUUCAAGGAUUUUCAAUUGCGCGACAAAUAAGUGCCGAAGGUUUAUCGUCAAAUAUAUUGCUUCGUGUUAAAAGCGCAGAUAUAUUAAUGGAAUAUAUAAAAGUUGCGUACCACUUCGAUUCUGACGGAAAGCUGUGUUCCAGCCAGGACAAGGACGGGGAAGCAAGUGAUGGGUCCUGUCUUGGCAAUGACAAGGAGAUCAUCACAGCACAGAGUUUGACCAUUGUGGAGGAAGAUGGGUCCCUGGGUUCGGGCGAGGACCAGGCAGCAGUUGCAGAACUGGCACACACACAGGGACUGCUGGAUGCUGGUGAUGAUGACGUGCAGUACCAGUUUCGUUCUGGAGAGGGUGCCACGGUAACAUACAGAGUGGUGCAGGUGGGUGGCGGGAGUGACACAGUGGAUCCCCUACCGCAAAUCGUGUCUACAUCUCCUAACUUCUCGGCUACAUCAGCAGGGGUACAGCAAGGUGUGCAAGCAGUCCUUACGAGUCCUAUCAAUGGUCAGUUCUACGUGAUUGGCUCACCACAGGAUGUGUUUGGUACACAGAACCCUCGCUCACUUGCACCCAGAGCAGGCAUUCAGAUCGAAUCAACUCGGGGAGGUGUCUCCGUAAGUGGGAGAGAUGAUAGGAGACGCGCAACACACAAUGAGGUGGAGCGCAGACGGCGUGACAAGAUUAACAACUGGAUUGUGAAGUUGAGCAAGAUCAUCCCUGACUGUACAACCGAAAGUGCCAAGACUGGCCAGGUGGGUGAUGCAAGGAGCAAGGGUGGGAUCCUUGCAAAGGCAUGUGAAUACAUCGUGGAACUGCGUUCAUCAAAUCAGCGCCUUGCAGAAUGUCUGAAAGACAACGAGCGGCUAACAAUGGACAUGGAGAUAAUUCAGCGGCAGAAUGAGGAAUUGAAGAGGGACAACUCACUGCUGCGUGCACAGUUGUCGCAACAUGGUAUCAUCCCCCCACCUGAUUUGAGCAACCCGACAGUGUCCUAGUACAAAAUCACCGAGGUUCACGGAUGGAUUUCAUGGUGUGAUUUUUUUUACAGAAAUGUAGGGUGUGAUUGGUUUAACAUGUAACCAGUUGUUUAAAGCAGAAGUUGGUAACAGUGGUGCACUCUCUAAACCCCCAGCAGCCUUGGUGCAGCAAGCAGUAAUGUACGAGGAAUUCUUAAUCUUGGUUCAGAGAUUUGUUUCUGGUUAUCAAGUUUUAAUUGAUUUUACUAUUGUAAUGUGUGGAAGAGAUGUAUGUUACAAAGAAAGCUGCACACGAAAACAUGAUUGUAAUAUAUUGUAAAAACCAAACAAGAAGAAGCAAGUUCAGUAAUAACAACUUAUGCGCAUGAUAGUUCUUUGCAAUAUCAAAACUGAAGCGCGACUUCCUGAUUACAAAAGUUUUGUUGUGUGUGAUAGGAACAAAUGAACAAAUAUGAACUGAUUGUUCAGGUCUUCGGGCAGUCCUGUGUGGAUUAUUUUUGUAUAUGAGUAAGGUACCUGAGUGAAAGAUUCCCCCAUUUUCGCUAGUUCAGUCGCUGUUGUGAAUUCAGUUUGAGAUCGGAUGGAUAGGCAAGAGAAUCUUCCGAACUUAGGUGUUUGUUGUAAAUGUUACACUGGGGCCUUAGUUGACACAUGAAUUGCUAGGUUGACCAUUAUCAAUUCAGAUUUUUUGUAUAAAUUAUUCUGAAUACAUGAAUAUUUAUUAUAUAAGAAGGAUAUAGUUUUACUUGCACCAAAAUUUAUAUUCAUGAGUUAUGUUGAGGGAAAGUCUGGCAUGAUAAAAUACAUUCCUUUUCAUUUUACCAACUGUUGAAGAUUUGAGUAUGGAAAAUGAAUAAAAGGUGAGCCAGCUCAUUGUGUUCUACAUGAACGUAGAAUUUGUUAUAUCGCAUUUUCCGUAACCGUGGAAUAAAAUAGUCGUGUUUAAUAGCUAUUACGUAAUGAAAGUUCUUGUAGGACUCAUGAUCUUAACUUGUGAUGAUUUUUGUUUUCUUUCUGAUGUCGCAGGAAGUUGAUUAUAGAAAUUCACAAAUAUUUUACCAGAGAAUCAAAAGUUUCUUGUGUUCUAACAUUUUUCAGAAAGUUAAUUGUAUGGGUUGAGCGAUGAUAAGUGGUCAUUUGAGUGGGUGAUAUGUAUAUAUAUAUAUGCAUACUCUGCAUCGUGUGGGCGGUAUCUUUGAAGCAGGCUAGAGAUAUAAUUUAUAUAACCGUGUGUGGCCGAGAUGUAGUUACGUGACCUGCGUAACUCUGAGUACAAGAAGAAUAUAUAUUUGUGUUGGGAAUUUUAAAUAAUAGAAUUGAGUACAGUUUCUUUUUAUUAUUGACGUAUUUGACUUCUUGCGCAGAAUGAUGCAUCUUUUUUUCCCAGUACUGGUCUAACAUUGCACUGUAAUUAAGAAAUGGCAGCAUUACAAAUGCAGUAAAUUUCUAGUAUGACAUUUUUUUGACCUUGUGGAUAAUUGUGCAGGCCUAACAUUUUGUUUUUUGCAAAAGGGAGUGUUGUUGAAAGAUUUGAUGCUUCGGUAGAAACAGCAUAUAUUGGCGUUUAUUCGUGGUUUAUUUGUUUUGUUGCUUGACUACUGGAACAUUAUAGAUCCAUCAUCAUGUGAAAAAUUAUAUGGUAAGACAUGUGCAGAUUAUGUUUUGAUGUGUCCACUGUUGCCAAUCUUGGAAGCAAUCUGGUGACCAAUUGGCCAGCAUUGAUGUUGGUAUGGGGUGGUUGAAAACCGGAUUAGAUUGUUGUUGAUAAACUAUGCAAUGAUAUAUAUAUAUAUAAAUAUGAAUGGUUUUUAAUAUUUAUUAUUACAAUAUUGAGAGAGAA